UGCAUUGAGUCCCAAUCCUGGACACAAGUCUGGUGUGGUCUUCCCAUGCGUCUUGGGCUCUCGAGGUGUGAAUGAAUCUUAUUUUAUGAUGCUGCCUGCUCGCACCUCAAUCCGGGAGCUGGAAUCUUUCCCAUGGGACCCCCCGGCCGAGGUGCGAGGCCCUCUCUCAGAGAGUCUCGUGGGGCUCAAAAAAAGGUGCAACCUCGCACCUUCCACCCCAUAUAUGGAGCGCCCUUUCUGUCUGUCCUCACAUCUGCUCGAUUUUUGCCUUCUGCUGCAGAGCUCAUUGCUUCACUUGAAAACGUCAGACAUGGAGGCUUCAUUCCAGCUCUGCCAGAACCAGAGCAACUCAUCCCAGGAGUCUUUCCUGGAGAAAUCCUACCCGCUCUACGAUCUGGCCUCUGACCCCGGCUACUUCAGCGCAGGUCUGUCCCCCACCUCCUCCGAGGACUCAUUCUCGCCCAACCUGGCCGACGCCUGGGACAGCUUCUUCGUAAGCUGUCCCACUCCAGCUCCUGUCAAGAAGUCCCGAUCCAGGUACCCGGGCAAGAAGCGCCAGACGGCCAGCGAGCGAGAGAAGCUGAGGAUGAGGGACCUGACCAAGGCUCUGCACCAUCUGAGGUCUUACCUGCCAGCCUCGGCGGCACCCCAGGGACAGAGCCUCACCAAGAUCGAGACGCUCCGCUUAGCCGUGCGCUACAUCUCCUUCCUCUCGGCCCAGCUGGGCCUCAGCGAGGAGGACCUGGAGCAGAGGAGGAGACCCUCAGGCCAGGCGGAG